CUGAGGGUGGAGCUGAGCUAGUUGAUGAUUAUCUCGUCACUUCACCAAUCAUCAGUGGCUGUCUUUUUUCUUUUUAUUAUUUUUUUAUUGCAGAUGGCAGACAUCAUCAUGGAGAAUAAUUAGAAUAUUGUAAGAAAAACUUAUCUUCUUUUCUGCGGGAGAGGGAAUCACCACAUCCAUUUGCAGCAGCCACCGCCAUUUUCUUUGUUGCUGCACUAAACCCCGCCAUUUUCACGUUGGGAACCACCAAAGUCGUUUUUCCUUCAACUCUGGUACUUGUGGAAAAUGUCAAAUUCUAGCAAGGUGGAGACGAGUGUUGAAAUCAAGUCUGAAGCAAACAGGUUCCAUGAAUUCUUUGCACGAACACCGUACGAAAUAUGCAACAUCAGCCCCGACAAAGUUCCGAGUCAUAAAUUACUUGAAGGUGAAUGGGGUAAAGUGGGUUGUGUCUUCUUGUGGGAUUAUAUUGAAGAUGGGAAACCAACUUUUUCCAAGGAGUUAACUGAAGCCAUAGACGAUGUAAAUCAUUCGGUGACUUUCACAGUGCUUGAAGGAAACCCUCUAGAUCGAUACAAGAGCUUUAAGAUCACUUUACAAGUUACUCCAAAAUUAGGCGUUCAUGAUGAGGGCAGCGUGGUGAAUUUGGUUCUACAAUAUGAAAAGCUACAUGAUGGGUUCCGGAUCCCCAACUUCAGCUCCAGUUAGCUGUUAUCUUGUUAAGGAGACUGAUAAUUUCCUCACGCAAGAAUAAGCGCGUCUACUUCAGACCGAUCAUAAUAGCAGUUUCACCCGUUUGGAGAACGCAAGUGUAAGAACAAGGCAGUUGGCUUGCCCGUACUUUUUACUAUGAA